GGGCAAUGGAACACACCUGGAUUUUUGUGCUCAUUAUCACAUGGAUCAAACUGAGUGCUGCGGAAGGACUGGAACCUAUUCAGGUGGCCGGACUCAUCUCCAGUAUGGCUAAGCAUCGCCAAAUUGAAACGAUCCACAUAGAAAUGGAUCCCAGUCAUCGAGAUUUGAUCAUUUCGAUCCGCAAGCACCUCCGAAGGUUCGUGGCGGCCACUCAAACCUUUGAGCCUUUAGAAUCCGACUCAGAGUUAACACCGUUUGAAGCUCCGUAUCUUCACUUCAAAGUGGGUUUCGAUAACUUGAGGACAUUGGAACACAUUCCUCACACGAAUUCAGUUUUGAUUUUGAUGGACAGCCCGGACAACAUAAGCUAUAUCGAACAAUUGAUCGGCAGCAUCUCAUUGAGACUGGAUUCGAAUAUAUUCGUGGCUGUGCCCAACGACGGGUUCGCCUUGUAUGAGAUCUAUACCGUUGAAAACAGGCUCAUAAUGGAUCUAUAUAGCCAGUGGACAAACUUUCGAUUUUCGUGGUUUCCCUCAUACUCCAAAUGGGAACGACGUUCCAAUCUAAACGGAAUGAACAUCAAGAUUGCAGCCUUGCCAUCCCGGCCUUAUUUGGAUCUGGACUGCCACAACACGAGUCUGAACAACUGCACGAUCUCAGGGAUGUACGCAGAUGUGUUCUUCGUUCUGCGAGACAUCCUGAACUUCACUUACCAGUUUGUCCAGCCUCCCGAUGACACUUGGGGUACGAGUGAUUCAGAGGGGGCCUACAAUGGCAUGCUUGGGCAACUACAACGCCAGGAGAUUGACUUGGCCCCAACAUCUUUCACCGUCACGAAGGAACGCAGUCGAGUGGUAGAUUUUGCUUUUCCCAUCACAGACAUGCACCAUCGUUUCUUUGUUCCCAAGCCCAGGGACAGGGUGAAUUGGACAGCAUACACAGAUCCCCUGGCCAAUUCAGUUUGGUCUGUUCUUGGCAUCCUGUCCUUAACGGUCCCGUUUCUCCUUUGGACGAGUGUGGUUCUCAAGAACGAUCCCCAAAAGGCUCAGUUCAAGCUCUAUCGCUCGUUCGCUUUUAUCGCCAUGACAUUGACCUUUGCCAAGCCGUGGUCGAGUGUUCCCCAAACGUAUGUGCCCAAAGUUAUGUUUCUCUUGGUAAGUCUGGCCGGUAGUCUCAUCUAUUGGCAUUGGGAAGCCAUGUUGAUCUCCUUCUUGGCUGUCAAAACGAAAGCAUUGCCGUUCAACAAUUUUUUGAACUUGAUGGAAGACACCAAUCUCAAGAUAGCACUACUGCCUGGAACAUCCUUUGCCGAUACAUUUCGACUCUCGCCAGAUUCUUUGUGGAGGACGGCGUGGGCUGAGAGAAUCGAACCGCAUCUCAACACUUAUCCGACGGACAAGGAGUCUUUGGUGGAGCUCAUCAUAAGCGACCGACAGUUUACCCUUUUCGACAACUAUUACUCGAUCAAGACUUUCCAGGCUUACAAAACUUGCCAAAUUGUGGACAUCCCUCAAGCCUACGAGUCCAAGGUGUUUUCAUACGCCUUUGCCAAGAACUCGCCCUACUUCCAAGUGUUCAAUUACUACUUGAGAGUCAUGAAGGAGAGCGGAGGCCUGGAUCAAAUCAUCCGACGCUAUGUGACCGACGAACAACCAAUCUGCAGCGAGACCAGUGCUGCUCUGGGCUUGGAGAAUUGCUUCACCGCCCUUCUCAUCCUGGGCUUGGGAAUCUUAAUCAGUUUGGUGUGCUUCGGGUUCGAGAGAAACAAUGCUCGAUUUCGAUCGUGGCUGAAGUACUUUCACGACGACGACGACGAGGCGUCCGACGAUAUGGACCAGGAUGACGAAAAAAACUUGGAAGAGGACUCUGCUCUUCGGCUUCAAUUGCAUUUGGCGCGGAAAUUGCGUCUCCAAAGCAAGCACAUUGACGCUCUUGAGGGUGAGAUUUCCUUCUUGCGAGGCGAGCUCAUUAAGGGGAAAAAAGGAAUACCAACCACUACUACAAUGACCAAGCAAUUUUGAACCAACCACCUUAGUUGAAAAUCCGGGGGCCCAUUGCUGGCUUGGACUAUUGUACCUACGUAGGUACAUAUACCAACUAUAGGCAUUGUCAUGUACUUCGACUCGAGGAUGGGAAUCCAGAAGUGCUGCUUGCAUAUUUCUUUGACCGCGCGACGCAGGCGUCACCGCAAAAAAAAUACAAACACAUUUCGCAACACGAAAGUUAAUUAGAAAAGUGAAGCAUUUAGGCCCGAAAUUCAAGGCUAUUCAAAGCCCUUACUUCAACUAGUGCUUCAAAAGAUUGGUAUCUAAUGUUUGAUGAAUAGUAGACACAUUUCAUCUUACAUCAUUGUUGAAAUUAAUCUCUAGAAAAACAGAAGAGAAUUACAUCAUCAAUGUUUAAACUUUUGA